AAGUAGACAGUAGAAUAUAAUUUCUAGAAGACUCAAGAUGUACAUCUUCGUAAAAUUUUACGUUAUUUUAUUUUCAUUUGUUUUAAAGUAAAAGAUGUUGCAUUGACGUAAUGUCUUAGUUAUAAAGGUAAACAUUUUUAUUUUUAAAAUUAUGAUACUACUUUAUGCAGUAUUUAGAACCAUUUUACUAAAGAAAGCCAUUUACCACCAUAGCAGAGAGUAUUAAAAUGUUAGUAAGUCCAAAUGGUUGUUUUGUUUUGUUUUUCUGGAGAAACUUCGAAUAGUGGUAACUAAAGGCACACAAUUUACUUGUAAUAAAGAACACUAAUGGGGAGGGUAGGAGUAAAUUAACUAGAACCUUAAUAAUGGGCUUUUCUAGUUCAAGGAAUCUUAUAAUUGUCCCUGAAGCUAGUUGUGAAGGAAGUUGUAAGAUGAAAUAUCUAGAUUUGUGUAGUAGUCAUUCCAGGAAAAAUGUUGCCUUCUGGCAAACUUUGGCACCUUUAUUAUGUAAAAUGCCUUUUUAAUGAUAAGCAAUACAGAUUGUCAAAAUAAUUUUGGAGAUAGAAGUCCAGUGCCUCCUGUUUACUCCAGAUUAAAUUAGCAAAUAAAAGUGAGCCUCUCCAGCGAGCACAGUGUUUGCUCUUUUGGGGAUAAAAUAGCCUUUUGGCCAAACUUUACACACUUAGGUAGUACUAGUUUGUUAAUCUUAAAAAGAUAUUCUCAUGAUUAGUCAGAAUUGAUGAAGUGUAUGGCAAUUUUCCUGAAAAUUACUGUGUUUUAAAGGAUUGAAAUGGAAAAGCAUAGGGAAUGUUUUUAUUAAAUCAAUACCAAAAUAUGCAGGUUGAAAUAUAACUUAGAUUACAUAAUUUCUGCAAAUGCUGUCGGCUCCAAACCAGUUUACUUUAUUGUCAGUCAACCCCAAAGAAUAUUAAUUUCUGUUUUUGGGAUUGCCUGUUUUGUACCAUCCAAGCUACUUGAAAAAUCUGAUUAGUCUGUGCCAAGACUACGGUAGGGUGACAGUGAAAAUAGCAUGCUUUGCCUCUGUUGAGGGGGACCGUAUGAAAAUAUAUCCUAUUUUCAAAAUGUUUCUGAAAAGACUUAUUUGUGGAAAUGUUCCUUGCUAUUUAAAACUCUUCAAAAAUGCAGGUUUUACAAAAUACAAAAAUAACCUCCUGAAAGUUUGAAAGGGGAGAGGGGGCUGUCGUGUGGGGGCGGUCUCUGCUGCCCACAUCCUCCCUCUGUUCAGUGCGUUGUGUGCUUACGGGUUCCCUGGAGCGGAUCACCAUAUAAUUGAUGUGCAGUCUGCAUUGCUGAAUCCUGGACUGCACCAUUCUGUGUUCAAGGGAAGAUGUAAUCUGAUCCCUCUGCUGCUGAGGGAGGAAUCUGUUCAGUCAAGGCUUUGACAGGGCAUAGUCUCCUCCAAUAAUCUUCUCCGUUCUCUCUCAUUAUUCCCUCGAGUUCUUCUCAGUCAAGCUGCAUGUAUGUAUGUGUGUCCCGAGAAGCGGUUUGUUACUGAGCUGCAUUUGCCUUUACUGUGGAGUUUUGUUGCCGGUUCUGCUCCCUAAUCUUCCUUUUCUGACGUGCCCGAGCAUGUCCACAUUAGAAUCUGUGACAUACCUACCUGAAAAAGGUUUAUAUUGUCAGAGACUGCCAAGCAGCCGGACACACGGGGGCACAGAAUCACUGAAGGGGAAAAAUACAGAAAAUAUGGGUUUCUACGGCACAUUAAAAAUGAUUUUUUACAAAAUGAAAAGAAAGUUGGACCAUGGUUCUGAGGUCCGCUCUUUUUCAUUGGGAAAGAAACCAUGCAAAGUCUCAGAAUAUACAAGUACCACUGGGCUUGUACCAUGUUCAGCAACACCAACAACUUUUGGGGACCUCAGAGCAGCCAAUGGCCAAGGGCAACAACGACGCCGAAUUACAUCUGUCCAGCCACCUACAGGCCUCCAGGAAUGGCUAAAAAUGUUUCAGAGCUGGAGUGGACCAGAGAAAUUGCUUGCUUUAGAUGAACUCAUUGAUAGUUGUGAACCAACACAAGUAAAACAUAUGAUGCAAGUGAUAGAACCCCAGUUUCAACGAGACUUCAUUUCAUUGCUCCCUAAAGAGUUGGCACUCUAUGUGCUUUCAUUCCUGGAACCCAAAGACCUGCUACAAGCGGCUCAGACGUGUCGCUACUGGAGAAUUUUGGCUGAAGACAACCUUCUCUGGAGAGAGAAAUGCAAAGAAGAGGGGAUUGAUGAACCAUUGCACAUCAAGAGAAGAAAAGUAAUAAAACCAGGUUUCAUACACAGUCCAUGGAAAAGUGCAUACAUCAGACAGCACAGAAUUGAUACUAACUGGAGGCGAGGAGAACUCAAAUCUCCUAAGGUGCUGAAAGGACAUGAUGAUCAUGUGAUCACAUGCUUACAGUUUUGUGGUAACCGAAUAGUUAGUGGUUCUGAUGACAACACUUUAAAAGUUUGGUCAGCAGUCACAGGCAAAUGUCUGAGAACAUUAGUGGGACAUACAGGUGGAGUAUGGUCAUCACAAAUGAGAGACAACAUCAUCAUUAGUGGAUCUACAGAUCGGACUCUGAAAGUGUGGAAUGCAGAGACUGGAGAAUGUAUACACACCUUAUAUGGGCAUACUUCCACUGUGCGUUGUAUGCAUCUUCAUGAAAAAAGAGUUGUUAGCGGUUCUCGAGAUGCCACUCUUAGGGUUUGGGAUAUUGAGACAGGCCAGUGUUUACAUGUUUUGAUGGGUCAUGUUGCAGCAGUCCGCUGUGUUCAAUAUGAUGGCAGGAGGGUUGUUAGUGGAGCAUAUGAUUUUAUGGUAAAGGUGUGGGAUCCAGAGACUGAAACCUGUCUACACACGUUGCAGGGGCAUACUAAUAGAGUCUAUUCAUUACAGUUUGAUGGUAUCCAUGUGGUGAGUGGAUCUCUUGAUACAUCAAUCCGCGUUUGGGAUGUGGAGACAGGGAAUUGCAUUCACACGUUAACAGGGCACCAGUCGUUAACAAGUGGAAUGGAACUCAAAGACAAUAUUCUUGUCUCUGGGAAUGCAGAUUCUACAGUUAAAAUCUGGGAUAUCAAAACAGGACAGUGUUUACAAACAUUGCAAGGUCCCAACAAGCAUCAGAGUGCUGUGACCUGUUUACAGUUCAACAAGAACUUUGUAAUUACCAGCUCAGAUGAUGGAACUGUAAAACUAUGGGACUUGAAAACGGGUGAAUUUAUUCGAAACCUAGUCACAUUGGAGAGUGGGGGGAGUGGGGGAGUUGUGUGGAGGAUCAGAGCCUCAAACACAAAGCUGGUGUGUGCAGUUGGGAGUCGGAAUGGGACUGAAGAAACCAAGCUGCUGGUGCUGGACUUUGAUGUGGACAUGAAGUGAAGAGCAGAAAAGAUGAAUUUGUCCAAUUGUGUAGACUAUAUACUCCCUGCCCUUCCCCCUGCAAAAAGAAAAAAAGAAAAGAAAAAGAAAAAAAUCCCUUGUUCUCAGUGGUGCAGGAUGUUGGCUUGGGGCAACAGAUUGAAAAGACCUACAGACUAAGAAGGAAAAGAAGAAGAGAUGACAAACCAUAACUGACAAGAGAGGCGUCUGCUGUCUCAUCACAUAAAAGGCUUCACUUUUGACUGAGGGCAGCUUUGCAAAAUGAGACUUUCUAAAUCAAACCAGGUGCAAUUAUUUCUUUAUUUUCUUCUCCAGUGGUCAUUGGGCAGUGUUAAUGCUGAAACAUCAUUACAGAUUCUGCUAGCCUGUUCUUUUACCACUGACAACUAGACACCUAGAAAGGAACUGCAAUAACAUCAAAACAAGUACUGGCUGACUUUCUAAUUAGAGAGCAUCUGCAACAAAAAGUCAUUUUUCUGGAGUGGAAAAGCUUAAAAAGAUUACUGUGAAUUGUUUUUGUACAGUUAUCAUGAACAGCUUUUUUUUUUUUUUUUUUUUUUUGCCAACCAUUGCCAAUGUCAAUCAAUCACAGUAUUAGCCUCUGUUAAUCUAUUUACUGUUGCUUCCAUAUACAUUCUUCAAUGCAUAUGUUGCUCAAAGAUGGCAAGUUGUCCUGGGUUCUGUGAGUCCUGAGAUGGAUUUAAUUCUUGAUGCUGGUGCUAGAAGUAGGUCUUCAAAUAUGGGAUUGUUGUCCCACCCCUGUACUGUAUUCCCAGUGGCCAAACUUAUUUAUGCUGCUAAAUGAAAGAAAGAAAAAAGCAAAUUAUUUUUUUUUAUUUUUUUUCUGCUGUGACGUUUUAGUCCCAGACUGAAUUCCAAAUUUGCUCUAGUUUGGUUAUGGAAAAAAGACUUUUUGCCACUGAAACUUGAGCCAUCUGUGCCUCUAAGAGGCUGAGAAUGGAAGAGUUUCAGAUAAUAAAGAGUGAAGUUUGCCUGCAAGUAAAGAAUUGAGAGUGUGUGCAAAGCUUAUUUUCUUUUAUCUGGGCAAAAAUUAAAACACAUUCCUUGGAACAGAGCUAUUACUUGCCUGUUCUGUGGAGAAACUUUUCUUUUUGAGGGCUGUGGUGAAUGGACGAACGUACAUCAUAAAACUGACAAAAUAUUUUAAAAAUAUAUAAAAUACAAAAUUAAAAUAAAGUUGCUGGUCAGUCUUAGUGUUUUACAGUAUUUGGGAAAACAACUGUUACAGUUUUAUUGCUCUGAGUAACUGACAAAGCAGAAACUAUUCAGUUUUUGUAGUAAAGGCGUCACAUGCAAACAAACAAAAUGAAUGAAAAAGUCAAAUGGUUUGCCUCAUUCUCCAAGAGCCACAACUCAAGCUGAACUGUGAAAGUGGUUUAACACUGUAUCCUAGGCGAUCUUUUUUUCCUCCUUCUGUUUAUUUUUUUUGUUUUAUUUAUAGUCUGAUUUAAAACAAUCAGAUUCAAGUUGGUUAAUUUUAGUUAUGUAACAACCUGACAUGAUGGAGGAAAACAACCUUUAAAGGGAUUGUGUCUAUGGUUUGAUUCACUUAGAAAUUUUAUUUUCUUAUAACUUAAGUGCAAUAAAAUGUGUUUUUUCAUGUUA